AGAAAGAAAAAAACACCCGAUAAUUUCGCUGUCGAGUAUAUAUAUAUGAUAACGAGAUUUGGUCUAGAAAUUAAACCGACUGUCUCAUGAACUUUUGUUACACUCAGCAUGUACUCCAGAGGCGAGAAAAAGAUUAUUUCCCUUUUGAUUCAUCUUUGUUUGUUGACAUUUGCUGCUGCAUGCUCAGGCGUUGAAAUAAUUUCCCGUUCACAGUGGUCAGCUCGGCCUCCUUCACAAAGAAAUUCCAUCAAAAGGCCAGUGAAGCAUGUGAUCAUUGGUCAUACAGUCACUCCUCAGUGCCCUAACAAAGAAGCAUGUAGUGCUCAAAUGCGAAACAUGCAAAAUCACCACAUAAAUCUGGGAUGGGGAGAUAUCGGUUACAACUUUGUCAUAGGUGGGGAUGGACGAGUCUACGAAGGAGCAGGUUGGACCAAAGAAGGUAUCCACACUUUUGGUUGGAAUAGCAAAUCCUAUGGUAUAGCAUUUAUUGGAAAUUAUCAACAAGUUACACCAAAUGCAAAAAUGUUGAAGGCAGCGAGAUCAUUAAUUGUCUGUGGUAUACGAUCGGGCCACGUAGCAGAAAACCGUGAGCUACAUGGCGCCCGAGACGCAACCUGCACAGCUUCUCCAGGAGACAAACUGUAUGAAAUAAUCAAACAUUGGCCCAUGUUCAAAGGUGGUCGUCUUGAAGGAUACAAGUGCUAAAUGUCUAUAUUUUGUUCAUUUCAUCUUAUAAAGCUAUAUUUCGAAAUUCACUGGGUAUUUUUUAGAACAACUAUAUUUUAUAAAUUGGUCAUGGAA